AUGGAGACCCUGGCCUGCGGUUGGGCCUGCGACCCGUGUGACCCCAGCGACCUCAGAGAGGAGGCGUCGUCUGUGUGGGAUUCUCAGUGUGUCUAUAACGGCUCUCCUCCUGCUGCUGCUGCUCUGUUGUGGGCGGAGCCUAUCUCCCCUCACCUCCAAAGAAACAAACAGCUGCAGGACGUUCUGCUGCAGAGAGAGGAGGAGCUGGCCCGCCUGCAGGAGGAGAACAACAAACUCAGACAGUUCUUCAGUUCCUCGUUUGUGAGGAACCUGCAGCAAAAAGCAAAGAAACUAACCGCUGACGGGAGGACGAAGCUGAAGAGAAACCUGAUGUACCAGGAGGACGGACCUCUACAGACCCGCAGUCAUCAGCUGCUCGCCUCCCAGCAGGUCAGCAAGAGAGUCUGCAGGAACCUCACUGCCCAGUUCUGCUCGGAGUUCCCUGAGACGACCGCCUCCUCCUCAGAACCAAACCUGGAUCUCUGGGUUCUCAGGACGCUCGGGCUGAAGGAUCGAGACACCAUCGAUACGUCCAGCACCUCCUCCUCCUCCUCGUCCUCCGCCUCUGGAUUCAGCUCUUUGGUUUAUGAUGCUGCUGCCUCCUCUUCUUCACCCUCUGAAUACUCUCUGAACUCGUCUUCUACGCCUUCUUCUGUCCAGAGCUACUGCCAAACGUCGACGCCUCAAUCUGACUUUGUGUUCAGUCCUGCCGAUUCCUCACUGAGCUGCACGACCUCUCCGGGCCAAAGCUCUGACUUCACCGCCACUGGACGGUUUGAAUCUCCCGACGCCGUCAUCAGGAGCUACAACACCUUCACUGCCUUACAGUCUCCCCCACGAGUCCCGCUCUUCAGCACGUCACCGCUCAGAGCAGAGAUCUGUCCUCAGGUCCCGGCCUCGAGUCCAGUCCAAAGUCUGCAGAGGAACCCAGCAGAACCUCCGGCUUACUGGUCCCCGAUGAGAAGCAGCAAGACCACAUCAUCACAGGACGCAAUCCAGUUCAGUCCACCUGGAGAGAGAGUCCAUUUUUCCCCUGUCCCCUCAUCCAGUCCCGCCAUCAACCAGUCUAGCACACCUAGUCCGUCAGCAGACCCAGUGCCUCAGACGCCUCGCAGCCGCACAGAUUUGGCGUUCAGUAUGUGCCUGAGCCCGUCCAACAGCGUCAAGACCCACAGCUUCCCCCAGGGACAAGCCUUCGUCAGGAAGGACAGCGGGGGCCGGUGGAACUUCACCUGGGUACCCAAACAAGGACCAUGA